CAACUGUUUUUUUGUGAGUUAUCAUAGCAUUUUCCCCACAAUGAUGGAGAUGCAUACACAAAGAUUGUUCACGUAUCUCUCCGGUUGGUAUUCAACUUAGCCAGUUUUAGCUGUCGGACUAAAUACGUGGAAUGCCUCUUCUUGUUACUAGUCUCCUAGUAACAUCGUUGACCACGUGAAUCGAAAAUGUGGCUAUCUAGUUUCAGACGUGUGGCACAGCUAAAGUGCCUCUUUACUGUAUUUACUCGGAACAUGUUUUCUGAUUGUUUGUUUCAGCAGGUGUCAGUGUAGAUGCAGGCGGCCGCUGCUUUCAUCACGCUCAGACAUUUUUUUGACAUCGGAUGAUGACAGCGUCAGAUUAAUCUGCAGUGUUAGUGGCAGUGCAGUGCAAAAACAUUUGCCCAUUGCACCAACGUAGCUGCCAUUUUAUCGCUUUCGGGUGAAAUGUGGUAUGAAGGAAGUGCUGCACAUGAUGAUGCCAGUCUUUUGAGUCGCAAAACGCUUCCCUGAGGCGUGAGAACCAUGUCGGUGAGAACUACGAACAACCACACCGAGGCUGCUGCCAUGGAUGCUAUUGGGGUCUUGAAUACCAAUCCACUGGACGACUAUGAACUGAUCCACAGGAUUGGGAGUGGUACAUAUGGAGAUGUUUUCAAGGCCCGCUGCAUCAAAACAUCAGUCAUUUCAGCUAUUAAGGUCAUCAAGCUUGACCCUGGGGAGGAUCUGUCCAGCAUCCAGCAGGAGAUCACCAUGAUGAAGGAAUGCACCCACAAGAACAUCGUGGCCUACUUUGGCAGCUACCACACAAACAACAAGCUUUGGAUUUGCAUGGAGUAUUGUGGGGGAGGGUCCUUGCAAGACAUCUACCACGUGACUGGUCCCCUAAAGGAGAGACAGAUAGCGUAUGUGAGCCGGGAAACAUUGCAGGGCCUGCACUAUCUGCACCAAAUGGGAAAGAUGCACAGGGACAUUAAAGGAGCCAACAUCCUCCUGACCGAGAGAGGGGACGUCAAACUGGCGGAUUUUGGGGUGGCAGCUGAGAUUACAACACAGGUCUCCAAGAGGAAGUCUUUCAUCGGGACACCCUAUUGGAUGGCCCCUGAGGUGGCGGCGGUGGAGAAGAAGGGGGGCUACAACCAGCUGUGUGACAUCUGGGCCGUGGGCAUCACUGCUAUAGAGCUGGCCGAACUGCAACCCCCCAUGUUCGACCUACACCCCAUGAGAGCCUUAAUGCUGAUGUCCAAAAGCAGCUUCCAGCCUCCCAAACUCAAGGACAAGUCCAAAUGGUCAGCUGAUUUUCAUAGUUUUGUGAAGAUGGCACUCAACAAGAAUCCACGCCGCAGGCCUACAGCCGAGAAACUACUGCAGCAUGCAUUUGUGACUCAGCUGCUGACGCGGACGCUGGCCAUCGAGCUGCUGGACAUGGCCACCAACCCCGACCUUCAGACCACCCUCACCAUGGACGAGAGCGACCUUGAGACCUGCAGUGCCUUCCCAGAUAAGAUCCAGUCGCUGGGCAGACACCUACCUGUGCAGAGGACCCAGUCUGAAGAGCAGUUCGAUCACGUGAAAUUCGGACCGCCCAAGAGGAAAGAGGUGGACCCCUGCCCUGACCUGGGGCUCUAUGAUGAUGAAUGGAGUAUCACUGGGGUCAGCAAGGAUUCACCGAGUUUGCUGGAAAGUGUCGAAGAGGCUUUACUGAAGAGGCAUCUUACUAUAAAGAAGGCUCCAUGUGACAAGGACAGUGAGAAUGAUUCUCCUUGCUCCGACGAGGAGGACAAGUACGGCACAGUGAAGCGAGGAGGGGGCCCGGUGGUCACCCCGUCCGACAUCUCCCUCUCCUUCCCCUCCUCCACCAACUCCUCCUUAUCCUCCGCCAACUCCACCGCCACCUCCACGCCAUUCCACAACAACAACAACACUAGGGCCCCGCACCCCAGCCCCAACCCCUGCUCCAGCUCCAGCUCCAGCUCUGGCACCCGACUGGACCCCCCGCUUCCCCUCUUGGACGAGUCGGCCCUGCUGGGUAGCUCCGGCCUGGGCAACCUCUCGCUCUCCCUGCUGGAGGACUCCACGCUGUUCGACGACGCCCCCCUCUUCUCCUCCGAGUCCUCCAUGAGCCUCAGCUCCCUGCUGCUGUCUGCCUCCACCUUCGAAGGUGGCGGUGGUGUUCCCGAGGAGCCGGGGGGCCGCGAAGGGAAGGGGAAGGGGAAAGCCAAGGCCACUCCCCCUCCUGCUCCUGCUCCUGCUCCUGCUGCUGUUACUGCUCGCCAGCCUCCCCUGUCGCCCGAGUGGAGCACGCUCAGAAGGAACAUCGAGGACUCUAGAUCUGACUCUCAUGGCCUUCCUCCCACACCUCAUGUGCACAUGGGUGCCUGUUUCUCUAAGGUCUUCAAUGGAUGUCCUCUGAAAACCCAUUGUGCCGCUACCUGGGUUUACCCCAAGACCAAAGAUCAGUACCUCAUUCUGGGGGCAGAGGAGGGAGUCUACACCCUCAACCUCCACGAGCUCCACGAAGACACCAUGGAGAAGCUUCUUCCUCAGCGCUGCAGCUGGCUGUACGUGAUGAACAAUGUGCUCAUGUCUAUUUCGGGCAAGUCGUCUCAGCUUCACUCCCACAGUCUGCCGGCGCUGUUUGAGGAGCGCAGGAACAUGCAGCGCAGGCAGAGCCAGCUGUCCAUCAACGCACAUCGCCUCAGCACCCGCAUCAACUCCAAAAAGUACUCCAUGACUGUGAAGAUCCCAGACACUAAGGGCUGCCGUGCCUGUCGCGUAGUGCGUAACCCCUACACUGACAGCACGUUCCUGUGUGCCUUGGUGCCCUCUGGUCUAGUUCUGCUGCUGUGGUAUGAUCCGUUACAGAAGUUUAUGCAGCUCAAGCACCUGGUGAUGAGUUUGCCGGAGUCUCUGUCCAUCUUUGAGCUGCUGGUGUUGGAGGGGGAGGAGCUUCCUCUGCUGUGUUUAGGGGUCAGAGGUCAUGUGACCUCCCCUCAGAUGGGACACACCAACACCAACGGCCAGCUGCACUUUGACAUCAUACGCCUGGAUGACACGCCACAGGACAAGACAGAUGGUGAAUCUUUAAGAGUGCAGCAGGUGACCCAGCUGGACAGGGACACAGUUCUGAUCACGGUGGAGAACAUGGUGAAAAUAGUGAACCUGCAGGGACGACCAAUCAAAUCCAUGGCCUCGGAGCUCACCUUUGACUUCACAAUAGAGACACUGGUGUGUUUGCAGGACAGCGCGCUAGCCUUUUGGAAGCACGGACUAGGAGGAAGAAGCCUGUGCAAGAAUGAGGUGACCCAGGAGAUAACAGACAAGAGCCGUGUAUUCAAGGUCUUGGGGACAAGCAGGGACAUCAUCCUGCAGAGUACGCCCACAGAGGACCCCUCUGCAGCCAGCAACCUCUACAUCCUCACUGGCCAUGAGAGCAGCUAUUGAGGAAGACGGACAGCAAGGGAAGCCAGUGGACAAAACGCUAACAGAGCUAGAUGGAGCCCUAACCACGUGGCGUAACGUUUGACUCAGAUCUGGCCUGGGUGACUAGUCGUCAGCCUCCGGCCUCCAUGUUGUCUGAGACGUGGAUGGGGAUGGAUGAGUACAGCACACAGUGUACCCCACAAAUAGCCUCUCUGCUGGGGGUGUACAGCAGGCAGCGAUCACAUUCUCCUCAGAGUAACACAGUGUAGCUGAGAGCCCCCUCAGCGAGCCCCCAAGUUGGUCUUCGGAGGAGCUCCCAGUGUGUGGGUCUAUGCUCAGCGGUGUGUUGAGCCGACCGGGGAGUGUGGCUUAACCUGACACUGUAUAUCCCCCCCUCCCGUUUCUAUACAAUGCCCCUCUGUGGGGCUUAA